CCUACGACUACAGCGCUUUCCACUCACGCCUUGACUCGAAAGAGAAUCACGAAUGCUUCCGCUUCGUUAGUCAACCGCGCCAUACAGUCAUACUUUUGGACCUUUCCAUUCCAAGCAUUGCCUUUUCAAGCAAUCCCUCUGUCACAUAUGGGAAGGCGUCUUGAAGCCGAACGGCCAGCCGACCUUUUGUGAGCUACGCUGCUGCUGCACUGGCGCUCGAGACACGUUCCAGGCACCACACUAGAACGCAUACAAGCAGCGGCACGACGCACUUGCCGGCCUUUGCUUGAGCUCCGCUCGCAACAUGUCCAAUCUGACGAGUCGGACUUCGUCUCCCUUCGCGGGCGGAUCUGGGUCGGCGUCGGGCGCAGGAUCAGCUCAGCUGGAAGACCAGUCUGUAGGAGUGAUCAGGUCGCGCACCCUCUUGUUCCUCUCUUAUCGAUCCUCCGCACCUCUAGGACCAAGCGGCAGCGGAUUCAGUUCUCACAGGAGCUCGCUCGGAUAUGGAGAAGGAGAGUCGUGGGAUAGUCAGAGCGACAGCUUGCUGCGCUCCGCGAUGAGCAGAGCGGCAGGACAAAGCUCUUCCAUAGAUGUCGAAUCCCAAAGAGAUGCUUCUUCUUCAGGAACCAAAGUCGGAACAUUUUACGACUCGCAAGGAGCUUUGACAUCCUACCCGCCAAGGAGCGGCUAUGGAGCUGAUGAUGUGGGCUCCUCGUCACUGCCUCCCAAGUGGGUCGACACAUCCGACGAAGUAGAUGCUGUGCUUAACAGCGUAAGACCAAAGAUAGACAGACUAGACAAGCUUCACAACAAACAUUUGCUGCCAGGCUUCGCUGACAGGAGCAAGGAGGAACAAGAGAUCGAGGGCGUCACUGUCGACAUCACGAGGGAAUUCCGGAGAGCGACGUCCCUGAUCAGACAGCUUGCAAGCGCGACAUCUCGUCAGAUCGCAUCUUCCCAAAUGUCUGCUCGGGAAGCGUCCAUGGCUCGCAAUGUGCAGACAGCGCUAGCGACCAGGGUUCAGGACAUGAGCGCAGAUUUCAGAAAGCGACAAGCGGACUACAUGAGGAGGAUGAGAGGCAUCGAGGAGAGGCACAAGAGCAUCACCAAGGGCUCGGGACUAGGCGCUAAGCGCGAGAAGGAGGAAGCUUUGAGAGAAGACAUCGAAAUGUCGCAAGCCCACCUUUCGAAAUCAUCCCAGUCGGAUUCUCAAUCACAGCUCCUCUUGCAAGAAGAAGAGCAACCAAGGAGCACUCAAGUGCAAGUCUCGGCGGAAGCCGAUAUCCAAGCGAGGGAUAGGGAGAUAGAUCAGAUUGCCAAGUCCAUCACGGACCUGGCGGAGCUGUUCCAGGAUCUCAACGCGCUCGUAAUCGAUCAGGGCACCAUGUUGGAUAGGAUAGAUUACAACAUUGAGAACAUGGGUCGUGAUAUGCAGGAGAGCGUGAGGGAGCUGAAUCAGGCCAAGCACUAUCAAUCCAGAACCUCGAGAGGCCAGUGCAUCCUUUUGCUCGUCUUGUUGAUCAUGCUCGCUCUGGCACUGCUCAUCAUCAAACCGUUUUGGCGAUCCUUCACGUCCGCCAGCCCGGCGGGCAACCUACCCGUUCCAACGCAGACCAGCCCCUUCUCGCUCAACGAGCGCAUUCGAGUGUUUCAUGAUGGCAGGUGACUCGGACGCAAUGUCGAUUUACUUAUACCCCUCAUGCCCGAUGACUCAGAUGCGCACUCGUUCUCAGACGUCUCUAGCAGCGUACUGAUACAAUUGAUGCGAGCGCGCAAUGCAAAGAUGGUAU